AUGAAUGACGAGGCGCUGCGAGCUGUCCGCUGUGAUAGACAGCUACAUUGUGCGAAUUGUAGGGAUGCAGGCGUCGAGUGCAAUCGUACAAGAGCUAAACGACCUCGCCGGCAAUCAUCCUCGGUGUAUGUUUUCAUGACUCCAUCUUGGUACAUGCUUACUGAAUCCAAUAAUAGAAUAUCUGCUCUCGGAGAAAGAAUGACAACCUUGGAAAGAACAGUUUCAGAGAGCAUUGAAAACAUCAUUUCACCAAACGUUGAAAAUUAUCAUGAUGCAGAUCCUGUGUCGCACAUAGAAGGUGCAUCCCAACUUGCCGAAGACGAGUGUGCCACUAGAUCGGCCACACACCAUGCAGAAAAGGCGAGAGUCGUUAUACAAGGAGAGCUUGACGGAAAUGAGCACAUGGACCGCGAACGAAAGGCAAUCCUUAGGUCUGCCCUGCAAUUCAUAGAUAUUACGGGGCACAGGAGAAACUCAAUCACCGAUAAAUUUUCGCCUUUGGAAUUGCCACAGGAAGACCUUCAACAUGUUGGUCCAUUUAUUGCCCCUUCGCCAGAGCUAAUUUACAUGCUUCUUCUAGAGCCAACAGCUACGACCCUACAGUCUAGUUCCGUACAAUGGCCGGACCACAUCUCAGAUACAACACUGGAGAAGAUGGCUUCCACCAUUCUCAGUGAUAAUGAUCAUGAGCAUGGGCAGUUAUUCUAUCAGUAUUGUACAUGCAUUUAUGUGAAGGCCAUCUUCCAUCUAUACCAAAAGCCGAGAGCAUAUAAGGAUCCCCGCAUCAACGCACAAUUUCUGAAGUCCAAGAAAUUAUAUGAAACGUAUGCUUUCCGCGCUCUCAAGAGUCUCAAUUUCUUGAAUCCUCCAACUCUUCCGUUCGUUCAGGCGUUGAUAUCUGCUGCAUUUUUAAUGCAGUAUCUUGGCAACAUGAGUCAAUCCUGGAUUCUCACCUCAUACGCUGCUCGUCUGAUUACCGCUCUAGGCUAUCAUGAAAUUCGCAAUCCGGUUGGGGAUUCAAGCGUCGAUGAAGAGAUCCAUAGCGCUGUAUGCUGGUGCUUCUACCUUGACCGAAAUCUGAGCACCCUUCUUUAUCGACCACUGUCGCUGCCCGAGCCUCGCAUCUCUCCCUCGAAUCUAAUUUCUCUCGACCAAUGUCUGCCCCAUACCCCAUUAAUACGAAUUUUGUUGGAUUUGGCUCAGGUGCAAGGAGAGCUGCUGAAUUGCGGAAUGGCGGAUAACACUCGCCAAAUCAUCGCCAAUUAUUCAAGGCUUCAAGAACGAAUGGAGGCCAUAUAUUCCAAAAUACAAUCUAGUCGAGCAUCGGCACCAAACUGUAUCGUCUCGGAUUGGAUUUCAUGUGAAUUUUGUUAUUACGCGAUUCUAGUUGAUAUUCUUCGAUCACGGUUAAAAUGUACCUUUUCUCCUUUGACACACAAGGAAUGUGUGUCAUAUUCUCGCAAAUCUCUCAGGGCACUACAUCACCUUCAGAAGAACCUUGCGGAUACCCCGGGCUUCGUGGAUCCUUAUCCCACAUUCCUAACAUGGACUAUUCUUCUAUACCCCUUGAGUCCAUUCUUUGUUCUCUUCUGCAACAUCAUUGGGGAAUUAGACAUGGAUGACUACAAUCUAAUGCAAGACAUCACCCAAAGCCUGUCUCAGUUCGCCGCAAGUCCAUAUAUUUCAAAACUCCUGAAACUUCUGGACUACCUGCAGAAUCUCUGCGUACCGUUGAUCCAAGCCAAGCAGCGCAUGGGCCCGCAGGCCAAAGUCCUUACUUUGUACCCUUCAAUGACUGGGACCAGGAACGACCAUCCGGCUACUCAUGAGAAUGCGCAUCUCUUGAUGGCUAGAUCUCCUUAUGUGGAUCCCGUUGCUGGAGGGUACCCUCAGCAAUUGCAAACACCAAGUGAUGGAAACUAUACACCUGAUGAUGCGUUGAGAAUGUGGCAAUUGUUUAAUAGCGAAUUCUCACUGGAGUGGUUCGAGCCUGAUUCUGUUUAUUAUUGA